AUGGUUCGUGUCACCGAGGAACUGGCGAUCUCGCCAGAGCACGUCACUCUCUACUAUGCCAGCGACCCAUUGCUCGGCAACUUGCCCGUUCUAAUCUUCCACGGCCCUUCAACGACCGCCAACUAUACCCUGAACAGCUCCCGCAUCCAGAUUCACAUAUACAGCCCGGCCGGCUUCCAGUCCUUCCCGCGCAUCACCGUCUCACCAAACUCCCCUUUCUAUGGUGUGGUCCAGCAUUUGCCGCGCGAGUUUCAGGGCGAUGAAAUCUGCCGAGGGCUUGCAUUCGGUCUCUUCAAAUACUUUAGCGAGCUGCCGGAAGUUGUCAAGAACCAUCUAAAAAAGCAGUACCCAACGACUGGGAACCGCCGGCCUGGUUCUGCGCCAUCGCUGUUCGGGGAGCAGCACGCGGCCGACCUCGCCAAGGCUGCAGUUCAGGCCGAGAACACAGCUGAGGUUAUCAGCAUUCUGGAACAUGCUCUACGGACACAGCACAUCAACAAUGUUGACCUCGACCUCGUUCUCCCGCCGGGGUCAAUCGUACCGUUGGGAAAUGCGGAUCUCGAGGAGGUGCCCGACGAUGAAGAUGAUCUCCUUGACCCAACCCUACGGCAGUAUGGCGGAUACGCCCCGAUUGUCAAGCUGUUUGGCGAGCCAGUAUUUGUGCCUACCUCCAAGCUGCGGCGAGCGCCAUCGAAGCCGACGUCGUUGAACAGGAGCAAGUCUUUCUCUAAGAACCAAAAGGUGGAGCUGCGUAUGAAGAUGGGGGAGCUGGUUGAUACCGAGGAGCGCUACGUCCUCAAACUUAACGAGCUGGUCAAUCACGUUGCCAACGACUUCCGCCAGCAUGCCAAACAGCGCCCCGCCGGGAGUACCAGUCCGACCGAGGAGGACCUGGAAAAGCUGUUCCCAAAGUCGGCCGACAGUAUACUCGAAAUCAACUCAGCUUUUAUGCAAGAGCUUCGAAAGAUCAUGGACGACACCGAGGAGGAGGCCGUCCGAGAUAUGGAACUUCCGUUUUCUCUUGCCAUGACUAAGCCGGGCGGUCCCAACCGGACCAAGGACCCAAGCGGUGCCCUCGCAAUGGCACGGAUGUUCCUUGAAUGGUUUCCCAAGUUCACCGAGUGCUACCAGGACUACAUCAAAGCGAGCCAGAAUUUCCCCCAGAUCCUCAACUCCUUCCUGGAUAAGCAGUCAAGUUUCCGCCAGCGCGUUGUUCAGACAGGAGAGCAGACUGUCCGCUCACUUCUCAUUGAGCCUGUGCAGCGGUUGCCCAGGUAUAGCUUGUUCAUCGACCAGAUCGUCACAUGCCUUCCUAUCACGCAUCCCGCGCUGCAGCCUCUCCUCCGCGCAAGGGACAUAAUCACGAACAUUUGCUCAAUGGAUGAUCCCUUGCCGGAUAAGCCUCACAUCGCAAACCGUCUGCGUGCCAUGGUUGAGUCCUGGCCGCUUGAUCUAGAACCCCAAGGGCGGCUAAUCCUGGCUGCUGACCUCGUUGAGGUUGCAGCGCCCUUUGUCUGCGACGCGCAGAGCCCGGAGGUACCUGAUCGGCCUGGCAUCCUACUCCUAUUUUCCGACUGUGUCGUUAUACUCCAAAAGAAACCAAAUUCGGAGCUCACAGGUCGCGAGUUGUUGCGUGAGAUUGACAAGCCAUCCCCCGCUGGCCUGUUGGCAUCCAUGACCAACGCCGCUGGCGGACCAGGCACCUGGGAAUUGGUUUUCACCGGCUGGCAUAACCUCGCUGACGUUCGCUUCACCGAGUCAUUGGAUGGGCGCCUCAUCUGGAUGACUUCGACCCAGGAAAUGAAAGGAGCCAAUACUGGCGACUAUUUCAUCAGCAAAGCUCUUACUUCUCGUUGUUUCCUUCUUCAAGAUUCUUACCAGGGAAAAGCUACCAAGUGGGGCGAAGACGUUGUCCGAGCUCGUAUUGAGGGCCGGUUUCAUGAGAAAGAGAGGGAGGAUCCCAGCUGGACUCUUCGUUCAGUGAGGAUGCAGGAUAACAACCUUGGAUUGUAUGCUGCCGUCUUCCAGGAGGGCGCUCAGCAGCUCAUCAGCGGCCGCAGGGAGCCCGCGCCCAUUCGCGUUGUUUUGGACAACGACAAAGGUACCAAGGGAGCACCUGUCGGCCAUUACGGCGUCGAGAUCGUCGUCGAGGUCAAGAGCGGCGACAUGCCUAGGAUAGCGAUGAAUACCCUUGGUCUGAACGGGAGGAAAUUUACGGAUGAAAUUGCGUUGGAAGAUUUUAUUCCUACCCUGUCGCGAAGGAUCAUUCAGCUACUCAGUACCCAGUUUAGCGUGAGCAACAUGAGGCUCACCCCCGCCCUGGUCUCAUAUCACUCCAAAACUUUACGGGCGUUGAACAUUACACCGAAGGUGGAGAAGAACACGCGAUCUUUCCUGUCCUCCUCACCAGUCAAGCUGCUCUCAAACCUGCUAGUCGGGAACGCAGCAUCAUCCAGCACGACUUCCGUCGAUAUCGUUGCCACCGGGUCGAGGCAUAAGCAUACUCGCUCCAACAGCCAGAGAGAGUUGCCCGUACUAACGGGAUCCGCCAAGUCCCGGGACAUUCCUCGCCUCACAGUGGAGGACGAACGGCCGCAAAACCCGCUAGUACGACUUGAGCAGACCUUUACGGGAUUCGUGGCCAACAUGCAAGCGCGCAAGGGCUACUUCAUCGGUCGCACUCUGCUCAACAGGUCAAUAGCUGACGAAGUGGCCGUUAAUCACCUCUAUAAUCGCCUGAUCGAGGUUCCCUUCGACCUUGAGGCUGCCGCGGAUCUGGGGACGGAGGUUAUCUUCGCGGCUUUUGAAAAAUUUAUCCGUUUUGCGUGGCGUGAACAGAUGGGGCCUGUAAUGACAACUCAGGCGCUCCAGGCUCUACAAGUCCGCGCUUCCAAGAAGGUGCCCGGAGAAUUUGGCGACUUUGUCCGCUUUAUCUUCAGUGACAUGGCGCCUCAGAACCGUCGUGCUUUCACUGCUCUCAUCAAACUACUAGCAGAUCUGCUUGAUGGCUGCGGGAAUGAUGGCGAUAGAGGGGCAUUGACUCUUGCAUUUGCUGAGAUGCUGGUCGAUGACGGAAGCGCCUCCGACUACAUCAACCUCCUCGACCGCCUUGUUGAAGACUGCGACCGCGUAUUUGAGAACGCUGAUCCGGACGCGCACUUGCUGAGCCUGAAGGGUUCAUUGCAGGACUCCCUGAAUGCAAGCAGUCGGAGCCUGAAGUCACAAACGGGUUCAAUGACCUCAAACACUUCGUCGCUUCGGAGGAAGUUUGGCUUCGACACUCUCUUGCGCCAAAACAGCAAGACGGACGCCGACCGGCCAUCAGUAUGGCGUACGUUGAGCAAGCAUGGCAAGACACCCGGCUCCGGGGAGAGCGGGAGUCUCUCAAAGGCCAGUAGGUCAAAGUCGGUUGAUAUGGGAGCACACUACACAUUACCAAACAGGCUCCGUCGCCCAGCUUCCCGUGAUCGUCCAGCAGUGGCAGGGGCGUUUGACGAUAUUCAACACCGACCCGGAAGUUCUCAUCGGCUGCUAGAGACGAUCGGCGAGCCCGAAUUGGGCGAGCCCUCGGAUACGAAGUCUACAAAGAAGAAACGGCGUAGCUCAUUGUCUGAUCUAAAGACUCUGUUGGCCGCGACAAGUCUAGAAGAUGAGAGCGAGCCGCCCAUGCCCCUCCGCAUCAACAGGCAGCAGACUGCUGAAAAGUUCAACUCGGUCCCGCGACCUCUGUCGCCUUCAAAAAUCCCGGUCAGCCCGCAGUCUCUGUCCCAACUGCAGCCUCUGAUAUCAUCACCCCGACAAAAAGAGAAUGAAGGGGAUUUGCUGGAACAGCCUGCCGAUUCUACCGACAGCGAUCUACCGACGCCACAAAGAGCACGUGCCAAGACCAUCACUCUCUCCCAGAUCCCAACACUUAAGCCGACAUCACGCAUCCCCGCCCCACCGCCCGAAUCGCCCACUCGUCCAUCCACAAGUCCCGGAAAGCCCCAAGGACCCGGCCAGAGACUCCGUCUCCAGUCCCCGCAGAAACUGCGAGAGCGCCUGCAAACGGAGAAAAAAGCGGUCGACGAGGUAGAUGCCCAGCUCAGGACCGAGCUAUCCCGCAUCUCGGAAGACAUGGCCCGCGUGAACUCGUCGCUCCCGCGGUCGGCAACCACGGACCUGCGUAAGCUCUCGGCCGCCGUCAAAGCGCUCGAGGAACGGGUGCCGCAGGUCAUGCAGGAGCUGCAGGAGCGCCACGCCGUCAUGCAGCGCGACCUCGAGGCCACGCUCAAGGCGACCGAGGCCAAGGUCAAGGCCAUUGACCAGCUGUACAAGGAGGCCACGGCGGAGAACGAGCUGCUGUACGAGAAAUUCAACUCGGAGCUGGCAAAAAUUGUUAAGGCGCUCAAGGGCAAGGGCCGCGAGGACAAGGAGGAGCUCGUGGCCAAGCUCAAGGACUCGGGCGAGGAGACGCUGCGCGUCAAGAAGGAGAAUGCGCGGCUGAGGAGGGAGAUGGUCAGUCUGAGGAUGCUCCUCAAGGGUGCGACUAGCGGGGAUGGGAAUUGA